AUUUGAAUGCAUUAGCUAAACACCCCUGUCGUGCGUGGACCAGCUACACUACUUCGGCCGGAUACCACAGUAAACCAGGCUCCACUGCGGGAACUAAAACGAAACCACCCACAGAAAACCUAGGCGUGUUUGGAAUCGUUAACACGCUACACUCAUCAACCCAGGCAUGCCUACUAUCUGGCCGCGAUCCAAACUUGGGCUAUUCCUGGCAAUAGGGUCCCAUUUUGGGUUUCGCAGUGGACCACGUUUUGGUCCCCCGCAGUGGACCAGGUCCCGAGGGCGGGUUCCAGGUUUUAGCCCCUCCAGAUCUAAUCAGAUGAUGGCCUGUGCUUAAUCUCUUGGCGACCGCUUCUUCGCCUGCCUUUCCCUUCAGAAACACCAACGCCCAUGCCAACAUCUCUCUUCAUCCACACCGAAAAUCGAGCGCCUCCAGUGCAAGGUCAUGGCAGGUGCGGGUUGACCGUCCUCCCUACUAGCGUGAUUGAUGCGUUCGUACCUCCACCCAAAGGGAGUUGGCAAGGCACAGUGGAAGGAGCUCACCGCGCUGCCUGGCUUUCAGGUGCAAUUCUUCGGUAUAACGUAGCGUCCGUCUUCUUGUAUGCUCGCUAACCUCAAUAGCUAGAAGUUAAUAUUCUCGCACAUCCGGGCGAGUUCAACUCUAAGACAAAUAUCUCUACAAUAUGACCAUCACUCGAUC